AUCUGGUGAUAGAACAUAACUGUUUAUAGAUUUUGCUGCGACGAAUUUAAAUUAAUUUAUUAUAGGUACUUUUACAAAAACAUUUCACUAGGAGAUUCAAGCCCGAAUAUUUUCUUGCAAUCAGAAUGUCUGCCGGGACUUCCGCCUGUCGAGUCUGUCUGGCGGUCGACGUGCGUUUAUUAACCAUCGGCGGGUCUCUGCAGUUAGUGUAUGAGAAGAUCACCAGUACUGCACUCCACACGGCUGAUGGGAGACCCGUGGUGGCCUGUUACCUCUGCUUCGCUCAGCUUAACAAGUGUCGCAAGUUGAUGCUCACAUCAGCCCGAGCUGAGAAUGUGCUCAAUGAGAUAUUAGAUAGACAUUCCGAGAUUACUCAACAAUCGGUGACCACGGUCGACCGCCCGGCUCAUGGUCUGAGUUGUGCUCUGAGCUACUCUAGAGCUGAAUGUUUGGACAACAUACCUUGUGUCGCUGUGCAAAUCAAAACCGAACCAGUGUCUGAUGGUGACAAUGACACUGGACACGAGGAAUGCAAUGGAGUGGCUGUCUUCGAUGAUGAUAAAUAUAACUUAAUAACUCUAGCGCAGCAACUACACACAGAAGUAGACAUAAAAGACGAAGAUAUUGGGGAAGACUCUCCGCAGUCAGCUGAAGAGGCCGACAUAUGUGAUGAGGAAUUUGACUCUGAGUUAGAUGACCCUAUAAGUCUGACUCAGCAGUGUGGACAUUAUACAGAGAGGGGCAUUAAAGAAGAAGUCAGCGAGGAAGAUAUCGCUUCAAACGAUACGUCGGGCGCUGACAGACGAGAAACAGCCGACGGAAGUGCAACCAACAGGAAACGGCGCGAGUCUCGACGGGAAUCGACGUCACGGACUGCUCAUAGAUCACACGAGUGUGAUUUGUGUCAUCGACAAUUCAAAUGGAGUUCGAAUCUGUAUAGACACCGUCGAACACACACAGGCGAGAAACCUUACGAAUGCGAAGUGUGCGAGAUGCGGUUCAAACGGAAAGCACAUUUGACAGGUCACCUGAGCAGCCAUUCAGGUGAGAAACACCACGAGUGCGACGUGUGCCAGCGCAGGUUCAAUCGCAAAGAUCAGUUGUCGAAUCAUCUCAGGGUUCACAGCGGCGAGAAACCUUACGAGUGCAACGUGUGUCAUGCCCGUUUUAAUCGAAAAGCUAACUUGAUAAGUCAUCUGAGAGUCCACGUAGGCGAGAAACGUUACGAAUGCAAUGUCUGCCAACGGCGGUUUUACGUCAAAUCGCAUUUGGUACAUCACGUCAGGACCCACACGGGUGAGAAACCUUAUCAGUGUGAAGUUUGCAAGCGGCGGUUCAAGAGGAAAGAUCAUUUGGUUAGUCAUAUCAGAGUGCACAAUGAUCGGGCUAUGUAUGAAUGUAAUGUGUGUCAACGUAAUUUUUAUAAAAAAGGUUUUUUAGUGAGACAUUUUAAGGUUCACACUGGUGAGCCUUCUUUGUGUACGCCAUAGCAACGGUUGCCAUGGAUUUGUUAGUUAAGAAAUAAUGUCAAGAGUUUAUAUUUUAUUGUCAAAUAUUUUUAAUUUUAUUUCCUAUAUACUAUGUCCGCAUGGAAACCCUAUCAAUCCCGCGGGAACUACGGGAUAAAACGUAGCUUAUAUGUUAUUCUGGGUCUUCAGCUACCUACAUACCAAAUUUCAUCGUAAUCGGUUCAGUAGUUUUUGCGUGAAAGAGUAACAAACAUCCAUACUGACAUACAAACUUUCGCAUUUAUAAUAUUAGUAGGAUUAUAGUACCUUUUAAACUGAUUAUUUCUCACCUCUUUCUCACCUUCUGUAGUGAAUAACGUAACGACUAUACUUCGUACAGUGAGAAAUGUUAUCAAUGUAAUAGAAUAGAUUUAUUUUCAAAAUCGGAUACAAGGUAUCACUUUUUGACGUCACAUCGCUUAAAUCUAAUUAUAACUACUACCGCUUCCAAAGCGCAUGUGUAGAAGAAGCCGCGGAACAAACUACACUGCAGCAUUUUCAUCGGAUGUCAUACGGGUAUAGUGAUAAGAGGGUGUUAUUGAAGCACUCAAGAGCUCAUUCAGUUGUUGAGGGAACAGCGGUUUGACCAUGGAUUUCGUAAAAGGCGACUAAUGAAUUUUUUUAUAAACUUGGAAUUCUUAUUUUAAUCGAUGGACUACAAACAUGUCACUAUUUGAAUCUCAAUUCUGUCAUUAAGCUAAACAGCUGAGCGUGGCCUAUCAGAUUUCAACGUUGGUUCUGUCUACCCCGCGAGGGAUAUAGACGUGAUCAUAUGUAUGACCACGUAGUACAAAAGCGAGCAACGUGAUAAACUAAGGUGUUUAACUGCAAUUUUUAAUGACUUAAAUGUGUGAUCGGAAAAGGAAAAGAUGAAAUUUUUAUUUUUAUAAAUUUUACAUUUUUAAUAUUAAAUUUGACUCUUUUUGUGUUAUGUCUAUAAUUAUAUAUACAAUAAGGAAUUAUUAAUUUGUAUCUUUAUACAAUUUAAUGAUAGUAAUAUUCGGGCCAAGUUAAGAAUUGAGUUUCGUUUGGAACUAAGUAAUUAUAGGUUUUUUUAUAGUUGCCACAUAAUAAACCCUGGGUUAUCAA